UGAGAAAUAAAUUUAUUUUAUAACUUUCAUAUGAUUGUUGCCUGAAUUUGUUCUGAAUUCUGAUUGUUAAUCGAUCAAUCUAAUUAAAUUAAUCAAGAUCAUCAUCAUCAUCAUCAACAUUAUGGAUCAGACAAAACCACCGACAACUUCAACAAACAUGAAAAAAAUUUUCAUCCAACGUGAUUAUAGUCAAGGAACAAAUAUUCGUUUUCAAACAAAAUAUCCGAAAGAAUUGAUCGAAGAUGAUGAUAUUAAAAAUAAGAUUGAUGCUCAAACAUUUACAGAUUUUAUUGUUACAUUGAAUACAAUGUAUGAAGAAGCUGAACGUAUGAGUACAAAAGUUUGUUUUGAAAGUUGUAUGGCUUGUUUAACCGCAUAUCUUACCUAUUUAUGUUUCGAUACACAUUUUGAUAAGAGUUUAAAGAAAAUAUCGGCCUAUAUUAGUGAACAAAACGAUAUUGUUUUCCAUCCUCGUGGUGUACACAUUACCGAUCCUAUUGAAAGAGGACUUAGAGUUAUUGAGAUCUCUAUCACAAUCAACAAUGAUUCAAGAUGAAAUAAUUACCAUGGAUUUGACUCAUUUUUUACCCGAAACAAUGUU